AUGGGUAAGUUUAAAAUCAAAUCAUCAGUUUCGCGAAAACCGCUGCAUAAGUUGUCCGUUAAACAACGAAGUAGGGUUAUGUUAGAAGUAAGGAUGCAUUUAAAGUCACAAAAUAUAGCUGCCUCUAAUCCGAAAUGUAGUUCUUCUAAUGAUUGUAAUGAUGUUCAAAAUGUUAAUGAUUCAGCUAUUCCGGGAUGUAGUUCUUCUAUCAAAUGUAAUUUGCAAAAUAUUUCAGAUUCGGCUAUUUUAGGACAUAGUUCCACCAACGAUAAUCCUAUUCCAAGUUAUAAUUGUGAUAUUAUGUAUGAUGAAAAUUUUAUUAACGACGAAUCUUCUUCUUCUUCGUGUUCAGAUAUCAAUGAUAUAUCUGUACUUUCCGACAAUGAACCCACCUAUCGCGAACGUCUAGCAUCUUGUUUUGUAAACAACAAUUUUACCCAUGUUCAAGGUAAUAGUAUGUUAUCUCUUCUUCGGACACAUCCUUGCUUCUCCAACUUACCCAAAGAUGUUAGAACACUUGUUAGUACACCACGCAAUAAUGUUGUUUCAAAAGUAGAGCCAGGAGAAUAUAUUUAUUUUGAUUUAGAAGCAAGUUUAAUUGAAUAUGUUUCCAAUUUUUCACUAGCAACUACCCUUUCAGAAAUUGUAUUAGAUUUUCAAAUAGAUUGGUGUGCAUUAGAUAGAGCAGGAACUAUUCAUCUGUGGCCUAUUCAAUGUAGAAUAAUUAAUAUAGAACAAGCCCAACCGAUAAUAGUCGGUAUAUACAAAGGUUUAGAAAAACCUCGUGAUCCCAAUAGUUUUUUUCAAGCAUUUAUUAAGGACAUCCAAAUCAUCAUAGACAAUGGUGGCAUUAACUUUAAUGGUAAUAGAAUUCCAAUCCAAUUGAGGUGUUUUAUUGCUGAUGCACCAGCUCGAGCCUUUAUUCUCAAUCAUCGUGGACACAUGUCCAGUAAACCAUGCUCGAAGUGCAAAGUUUCUGGAACCAUUUGUGAAGGUCGUAAUGUCUUCAAUGGGAUAAACCAUUCAUUAAGAACAGAUGAGGAAUAUUUUAGUGUUUUAGACGAAGAUCAUCAU